AUGCAGGUCUUCCAGGGAUGUGGACCCCCCAAACCCCUCCCGGCCGGCCGGAUUUCCCGAUCCAUCUCCGAGGGGGCUUUCAGCGCCCGCUUCAGACCGUAUCACCCCGAGGAACGCCCGACCACGGCAGCUGGCACGAGUUUGGACCGACUGGUUACUGAUGUCAAGGAGAAGCUGAAACAGGCCAAGAAGUUCUGGUCCUCUCUGCCCAGCAAUGUGUGCAGCGAUGGGAGAAUGGCCGCUGGGAACGGGAACGAGGACGACUGCUGGGACGGGAAGGGCAAGAGCAGAUACCUGUUCGCGGUGACGGGAAAUGGCUUAGCCAACCAGGGCAACAAUCCGGAGGUCCAGGUGGACACCAGCAAACCGGACAUACUGAUCCUUCGCCAGAUCAUGGCUCUUCGGGUUAUGACCAGUAAAAUGAAGAAUGCUUACAACGGGAACGAUGUGGACUUCUUUGACAUCAGUGACGAGAGCAGUGGGGAGGGAAGCGGUAGCGGUUGCGAGUACCAGCAGUGCCCCUCGGAGUUGGAGCACAACGCCACCGAGCCCUCCGGGAAGAGCGCCAACGAUCAGGCCGGCAGCGCUGGUGGCUUUGUGCGGGCGCAGCCCUCCCUCCUCGCCGCCUUCUGCAUCGUGCUCCUGGUCAUGCAGAGAGAGUGCAGAUAAUUCUGAACCUUAGCGAGUUUUCUUCAAAAAGUUAAAAAGGCACCGGUUAUCACUUUUAUACCAUCCUAGUGACUUUGCUUUUUAAAUGAAUGGACAACGAUGUACAGUUUUUACUAUGUGGCCACUGGUUUAAAAAAAAUGCCGACUUUGUGUUCUCAUUCAGUUUUGCGAGGGGGGGAAAGGGACUUGGAUGUAUAAAGGCGGUUCCUGGCGCCCCCCCGCCCCCCGCAUCAUGUUAAACGUGGCUGACAGUGUAGGUACAGAACUGUAGUUAGUUGUGCAUUUGUGAUUUUAUCACUCUUGUUUGUUUUGUUUUUUUUUUCUUUUUGUUUGUGGGUUUUUUUUUUUUUUUCCCUUCAAUUAUGAUCUCACCUUGUUUCUUACAAGAAAACCAGGGUCCUUUCUUGGCAUGUAACAUGUACGUAUUUCUGAAAUAUUAAAUAGCUGUACAGAAGCAGGUUUUAUUUAUCAUGUUAUCUUAUUAAAAGAAAAAGCCCAA